CGUGAAACUUCUGCAACGUCGUUCCCCUGCCUCCUCUCCUCUCCUCUCCUCGCCUUCCUUACGUUUUCUGAUUUGUUUCUUUUCUUUCCCCAACCCAGAGAUUGUGACCGUGACAGUGACCGUGACCGAGAGAGACCCAAGAAAGAGUUGGAUUGGUAUCAAUAUCAUGGGGAGGCUUUUUCUGAUUUAUUUGGAAGGAAACAUCUAUUCUUGCAAGCACUGCCAAACGCAUCUUGCUCUCUCCGACGACAUUAUGUCUAAGUCUUUCCACUGCAGGCAUGGGAAGGCUUAUCUGUUUGAGAAAGUUGUGAAUGUGACGGUUGGAGAGAAAGAGGAGCGGAUGAUGAUGACUGGAAUGCACACAGUCGUGGACAUAUUUUGUGUGGGUUGUGGCUCGAUUGUGGGAUGGAAAUAUGAAGGUGCUCAUGAGAAGAACCAAAAGUAUAAAGUAGGAAAAUUCAUCCUGGAGAGGUUUAAAGUGUUGGGUCCCGAUGGAAGCAACUAUUCGAUGAGUCAAGACAACCAGAUGGCUGGAAGUGAUGCCGAUGAUUGAUAUUCAUGCGUGGAUUGCACUGCACUGGACUUGUCUCAAAUCAAGACAUAAUAGUGAGAGAGUGUACAUGAGGGAGUAGGGAGUGUUUUAGGUGCUGUUUUUAAAGUUGCAUUCAGUAGUGUAGAUGACUGACCAGUAAGUUUUGAUGAUGAUUGAUUUUUGGGGUGGGCGGGUGUUU